AUGGCCACCAACGUAUUCCCGGCAGACUAUGCUACCGUCCCAGUGUUCGAGUACACUACGGAGGAAGGUAGCUUCAUUUUAAGACGACAAUUCGAUUCGUAUAUCAAUGUAACUCACUUACUCAAUAUCGCUGGCCUCCCCAGAAAACAAAUACGUAGUAUUCUAGAUGAAAUUUGCGCCAAUGAUACCUUUGAGAAGAUAAAUGUGGGAAAUUGGAAGUACCAAGGUACAUACAUUCCCUUGGAAAGCGCGUUGAAGAUCGCCAAGGACGUGAAUGUGUACGAUAAGGUGGAACCUAUAUUCGAAAUUGACCUCGCAUUAAAAAUGCCAGUCCAACCUGUAAACACUUCAUCGAUUGACCCACCAGCACCCGUGCAGGCACUGGCUCCAAUUGCAGGCUCUUUCGAAACACCAGACAAACCGAAAAGGAAGAUCAAAGAACAAGAAAUAAGCAGAAAAAGGCAGCUGGUUGCGACCACACUGACUGUUCCAUUGGAAAUCCCAAGUAGCGGGUCUACUGAAGAAGUUCCAAAAUCCAAGUUAGUUGAAAGUGGCUUUCCUAGACCAGACAGAGAGAUUGACCCAUUUCUAAAGGCUGACGACGCUCUAUACGAAAUUUUUAAAGUCCUCUAUGAAAAUGAUCCCAAGGGCCUUGGGAUGCCAAUUAAACUCAUUUGUAUUGAAUUACUUAAAAUCAAUCCAGAAAUGAAGAACAUCACUAAAAACUUCAGUGCAUUUGUGAGUGGAAAGAUAUUGUUCUAUCUUCGUAAAAUUGAUAGCAGAAAUCGUAAUGCUAAGUACAUAUUGAAGAAGCAGCAUUCUAGUCAACUCAAUGCGUUUAUUUACAAAUAUCUUGGUGCAUUUGAAGUAGAGCUUGAUAAAAUUCCAAGGGAUACAGUUCCACUGGCAGUAUUGAAAAAGCGAAAAGAAAAACAAAGGAAAGAAAAGCAAAAGACAGCAAAGAAGAAGACAGCAAAGCUGAAGCGGAAGCAAACGCUGAUUGAAAAAGAGAAAGGAAAGGAAAAAGAGCAAAUGACAGAGAAAGAGCCAGACAAGUUGGUGAAUGAAAAGAGCGACAAAGAGGCUAUAGCAGUAAGUAACAUUAGUUCCAGGCGACCAACCAGGAACUCAAAUGCUAUUGUUGCUGUAGCUGCUCCGAGUCACACUCAAGAACUAAUUGAUGCCCAGAAGAAAGUUCAAGACUUGGAGAUCAAGAGACUUCAUGAAGCUAUUGAAACAUUAAAGUCAUCUUUGCAGAAAGUAAACCAUGUACAGAAGGGAAAUAUCCUAGUGGAUGAGCUCAAGUCUCUUAAGGUAGAAGUUAGUCAUUUAAACUUAAACUAUGACAAACAGAAGGGAAACAUAGCAAUGCUCUCACUCUUCAAAAGGAAUACUGAGCUUUCCCUGAAUAAUUCUAAAUUAAUGGAUGAAAACAGCUUACUAAAGGAACAGAUUGCUAUUUUAAGAAAUGAAAAGAAGAUUCUUGAAAAAUCUGCUGUAGAGAAAGGUACAGCAGAAAUUGAAAGCUUAGAGUCAGAGCUUGACGCCGAAAUUCAAAAUGUUGAAAACUUGAUCGCACUGGAUGAAACUUUGAAGACCGAGGUAGCAAAGCUUCCUCGAACUGACACGUUAAUUGGUGGGUACAAGCAAUUGGUGGAAACGAGGAUAUUGUAUCAAGAAAGAAAGUACCAGAAGAAACAGUUGGAACUGGAUAUGAAAAUAAAGCGUUUACAGGAAGAAAUCAGCGAGCUUAAUCAAAUGAUAAGUGAGGCCUACAAAUUGAUUCACUUCAAGGAAGAGGUAAUAUCAGUGGACAGAAGCUUAAUAGAGGAAUACCUGAAAGGAUAUCGUUGA